AUGACUUCAGCAAGUAAGAGUAUAGCUAGGUGUUAUGCAGACGUGAACGCCAAUAUGCCUACUUCUUAUUGGGAUUAUGAUAACCUUCAAGUCGAGUGGGGUAACCAAGAAAACUAUGAAAUUAUUCGUAAAGUAGGACGUGGCAAAUACUCUGAAGUGUUUCAAGGUAUCAACAUAACCAACAAUGAAAAGUGCAUUAUCAAGGCAUUGAAACCUGUUAAAAAGAAGAAAAUUAGACGUGAGAUAAAGAUACUCCAAAACCUCGCAGGAGGUACUAAUAUUGUUGGUCUUUUGGAUAUUGUUCGGGAUCCUGUUUCAAAGACACCUGCUAUUAUUUCUGAAUAUGUCAAUAAUACUGAAUUCAAAAUUCUUUAUCCACGUUUUACAGUCUUUGAUAUUCAAUAUUACAUGUAUGAAUUACUCAAGGCCUUGGAUUACUGCCAUUCAAAAGGCAUCAUGCAUCGCGAUGUCAAACCUCAUAAUGUGAUGAUUGAUCACGAAAAGAGACAGCUACGAUUAAUUGAUUGGGGUUUGGCAGAGUUUUAUCAUGCGGGAACAGAAUAUAAUGUUCGUGUAGCAUCGCGUUAUUUUAAAGGGCCUGAAUUGCUUGUUGAUUUCCAAGAAUAUGACUACAGUCUGGACUUAUGGAGUUAUGGUUGCAUGUUUGCCAGUAUGAUUUUCCGCAAAGAACCCUUUUUCCAUGGUCACGACAACUAUGAUCAAUUAGUAAAAAUUGCCCGUGUGCUUGGUACAGAUGAACUCUUUAGAUACAUUGAGAAAUAUUCUAUUACUCUCUCUCCUGAAUACAACAAUAUUCUCGGUAGACAUCCACGUAAACCUUGGAACAGAUUUAUCAACAAUGACAAUCAACGCUUUGUUACUGAUGAGGCUAUCGACUUUUUGGAUAAAUUAUUAAGAUAUGAUCACCAAGAACGUCUCACUGCAAAGGAAGCUAUGGCACACCUUUACUUUGGUAAAUGA